AUGUCCUGCAAGAAAAAACAAUUGAAAAAAAAGAUAAAAGUUAAGUGUAAACCUCAGUUACAUCCUGAUGACCAAUGGUUUCCAGUCGGAACUGGAAAUUAUUAUAAAGGAAAAUGGAAUCAUAGAACGAUGUCUGGAGAUGGCAUUUACGUUAUGCAAAAUGGAACUGUUUAUGAGGGCAAUUUCGACGACGGAUUGUUUCACGGAGAUGGAUCUAUGCACUAUCCAUCAGGAUCCCGAAUUGAAGGAGUUUGGGAAAAAGGCAAAUGCGUACAACAAAAUUAUAUAUUCAGCGAUGGUCUCAGAUUUCAGAAAAAUAAUUGGCAGUACUGUAAGGUGCCCGACAGAAGAUUUGCCGUUGAACAUGUUAAUGGUUUUGAACCAGCUGCUAGGAGUAAGAUUACCAAUCGGCAGCCCACGAUCGCUGUGCCAAACGGAGCAUAUGACGCAGGUGAUGGAUUUUACUGGCCGCUUACGAACACCGUACAUGAUUACUGGACAAGUGAGUUGAUUAGGGUCCCAACAGCAGAAUGCAGUAAUUGGAUUAUUGAAAACUGCCAUCAAGGUGGUAAAAGAGUGGUAGGUUUUCAACCAGAAUUUUACAAAAAUUGGUAUAGUACAACGGAAAAAAAUGAAGGAGAAUCUACAACUACGGAUAGCAUAUCUUCCGAACAGUUCACUCAUGACAACCAAUCAAUUAUGGCCGAAAUCAAAUCUGUUCCUUGGUUCGAUUUAUCUCUACGAAGCAUUAUACAGUCUGUACAAGGAUCAUUUCCGUUGAAUCAAUUUUCAUCGUCAUCGUCGUCAUCAACGGAGAGUUUACAACUAAGCCGUUGCGAAAGGACCUUGGGGUUGAUUGACAAAGUGGCUACAAAUAACAAAUUAACGUAUUGA